AACACUUGGUGUCCAUCUUUUAUCAACCUUGACAAGCCAAGACCCCCCAAAGAAGGAUCCAAGAAAGGAGGAAUGCUGGUUUGGGAUUUGUAGGCCUCCUCUAACUAAACCAGAAUUGCCCCAGUGGAGCCCUGCUUAUAAAGCUGAGGUGCAGGCAACCCUGAGCAAGAGGAAAGAGUCAGAAGCCUGUCUGGGAUGUCCAAAGUCAAGGCUGCACCCCCACCAGGGUGCACAAUCAACAUUAAUGACCCUCAAGUACAAGAAGCAGCGAUCCGCAUCCAGGCUUCAUACCGGGGACAUCGGUCAAGAAAGGAGCUUCGUGAAAAGGGGCCCCCGAAGUUCCUGCAGGAGCUAAAGGAUGUGCUUCUGGUGGAAGGAAGUGCUGCCAAGCUGGAUUGCCGAGUCAGCGCUUUCCCUGACCCCUUCAUCGUCUGGUUGAAGGACGGGAAAGAGCUGAAAGAUGGACCUAAAUAUCGCUAUGUGUUUGAAGACCCUGAUGUUGUAGCGCUUGUGGUGCGUGAUGGGGAGCUGGCUGAUCUGGGCAGAUAUACCGUUACUAUCAAAAACCCCUUUGGCCAGGCGUCCGGUUCUGCCUGCAUCAUAGUGGAGGUUCCUGCUAAAGUUAACAAGGGUCCGGACAGUGUAAAAGGCAAGAGAGGGACCACGGUGGUGCUGAAGGCCGAUAUCAGUGGGGAACCGCCCCCCGACGUGGGCUGGCUCAAGGAUGGAGAUGAUAUAGAAGAGGACGAAAGAGUAUUUUUUGAUGUAGGAGACACCAACACCAUCCUGACCAUCAAAAACGCUCGGCCAUCGGACUCAGGAAAGUACGAGGUGUUUGUGGAAAAUAACCUGGGAACAGACCAGUCUUUCGCUCGAGUGGACAUCCUGUGAGAGACUCAGUGAAGCUCUUCUGUUUUUUCCUUUUCUGUCUGUUUUCGUCUGGUCUUCCUUGUAGGCUCCUCCCACUCUGUGUCAAGCUGAGUUCCAGCUGUUACAAACCUACAAUAAAUAUUAAACUGAAAGGUU